AUGAUAUAAUAGAUUAAAUAUUACAAAGAAUUAGAAGAAUUUUUAAGCUCUUCACUUUUAUCUCAUUAGGUUCUCCAUAUUGAUCUGACUAGCAAUAAUAUUUGCCCAAAGGGUGCAUCAGGUUUAGGUUCUGGUUUAGCAAAUUGCAUUAAUCUUUCAAAUUUGACACUUGGCCUUGGUUGGAAUUAAAUUGGCGAUGAAGGUGCAUCAGGCUUAGGUUAUGGCUUAGCAAAUUGUAUUAAUCUCUCAAAUUUGACACUUGAUCUUUAUAGGAAUAAUAUUGGUGCAAUGGGUGCUUCAGGCUUAGGUUCUGGUUUAGCAAUUUGCAUUAAUCUCUCAAAUUUGGCACUUGAUCUUUAUGGCAAUAAAAUUGGUGCAAUGAGUGCAUCAGGCUUAGGUUCUGGUUUAGCAAAUUGCAUUAAUCUCUCAAAUUUGAAACUUGACCUUACUUCUAACGAAAUGAAUGAAUCAUAAAAAUUCAAAGUAAUAAGCAAGUGUCUUAAAUCAAAAAGAUUAGUUGUCUUUGAAAAAAAAUUCUAAUGA